ACCAGACAACUAAUAUUACAGUACGUGGUGCAUGGUAAAAACCCUAGCUGCAUGCAUGCCACCAUCAUCAAAAUAUACAGAAUAAAAAAUGGAAAAAAUGAACAAAAAAUCAGUUUGUGGUAAAGGGCACUGGAAACCUUGUGAAGAUGCAAAGCUAAGAGAACUCGUCGCCGCGUACGGCCCUCACAACUGGAAUUUCAUUUCCGAAAAGCUGCAGCACUUAUCAUCUAGAUCGGGUAAGAGUUGUAGAUUGAGGUGGUAUAACCAGCUGGAUCCGAAUAUAAAUAAAAGAGAGUUGACGGAAGAAGAGGAGGAGAGAUUAAUGGCGGCUCACAGUGUUUACGGCAACAAAUGGGCUUUUAUUUCCAGGCGGUUUUUUCCUGGACGGACGGAUAACGCCGUCAAGAACCACUGGCAUGUUUUAACCGCCAGAAAACAGAAACACAGAACUUCCGUUACUCCAAAACUGACCACCAAUAGUUGUGCGACACGUCAUCACCUUCAGAUGGGCAAGGUCUCUGCCGGGGUUGUCUUUAGCUGA